AUGACCGCGUCCAAGACCUCUCGCAGCAUUGGCAAACACGCCUGCCAAGCUUGCCGCAGGAGGAAGACGCGAUGCUAUACCGACACGCUCAAAGAGAACGGCAAGUGUCGGCGUUGUCAAGCACAAAAAAUUGAUUGUGAAUGGAAGGAAAUCUCAAAGACCCGGAAGCGCACCCGCACUGGCUCGCGCAUAACGGAGCUGGAGGAAAAGAUUGUGUCGCUCACAGCGGCCAUGAACAAUCUCGACAAGAAUAAUCUCUUUGGUAGCUCCGUUAGGGAUUCUCCUGAUGAUCCUCACUCUACAAAUAGUCUCCACCGAUAUGAAAGCACAUUAGACUCUGGGUCGACUGAGAAUGCUGGGCUCGUAGCCUCAGACACAAAUGUCUUGCCCGCCGUCAACUCGUCUGUGCCUCCACCACGGCGAUUAGCCAACGUCUCAUAUGGCAAAGAUCACAGCUCAUCAGUAAGCGGCUUUGAAACGUUGAAACUGACAUCGGCUACCAAGAAGAAACUUAUCCGCUGUUUCUGCAAUACGCUACUUCCGCAGUACCCGGUGGUUCGCUCAGUGGCCGACAUGCCGCUCGAGUCGUUGGAGGAAUAUCGGCCGCAUUCAACAAGCGCAAUGAUUACAGCAGGCUGCAGCGUGUUGGAACCACAGCUAUUCAAAGAUAUGCAUAUGCAAAAUACGAAAAGCCUGGCUCAUGUAGUACACGUGCAGGGUCACAAAAGCCUUGACUUGCUUCAGGCUCUUCUGAUAAUCGCAGUAUGGGGACAUCCCCCAACUGACUUGGAGCACCUGAAUAUAUCGCAGUGGUCUCAUGCCGCAUGCACAAUGGCCAUGGAUCUCGGAUUCGGUGGUAGAACAUCGUGGCAGGCACAGAAUCAAGAUAUUGCCGAACUUUCCCAAGAUGCCUCGGACAGCAUGCUGGAAAGGUAUCGAGCAAUGUUUGGCGUUUAUUUGACAUGUUCAAGAAUUGCGAUUAGCUUUCGACGACAGAGGAUCAUAUCUUUCAGCCCUUCCACCGGCGUGGCGUUGGUCCUCUUCAAGCAAUAUGCCACUGACACAAAUGACCAGCGACUUGUAGCGUGGCUUCAGCUGCACAAUAUAGCUGAGGAUGUAGAAGCUAUGAAGACAGAGGCCGAGAUGAGCUCUGAUCCUGCUGUAGUGGAGCAUAUCAAUAUCAAGGAGAAGUCCACUCGGUUCGAACAGCGCUUACGAGAAUGGGAGGCAAUGCUUGACCCGAAGCUGCUAACUGCUUCGCUGGAGAUUGAUCUUACCUUGUGCAAAAGCAAACUCCACGAGCUAGUUAUUUGCUUCGACCACAAUGUUCAGAGCCUCAGUCUACCAUCGUUGGCAACAAAAUCCGACGCUCCUCUGCCUGGCUCCCGCGCUCCACUCAGUCCCACCUAUACCCGCAUACUUUUGUCAUUUAUCAGUGACUGUCAGUCCAUCCUGGAUGUUCUGUUGAAGAUAGGCCCAGAGAAUAUUCGAUCGCUGCCACUUCUAACGUUUUUUCGCAUUCCAUAUGCCUUCAAAGCGUUGGCCAUGCUGCAGAAGCGCGUCACUGACCCAACCGACAAAAUCAGCCAGAUCAUCGACAACGACACUCUCAAGUGGGCACACUAUGCGCGCAGUGUUUCUAAGGUCCUCGAAGAGGCAAGUGCACAUGGGCUCUACGCCCCAGCAGCGGUGGUGCUCCAGAUCAGAGAUUCUGUGGGAAACAUGCACCUUGCAGAGAGCAUUCCGACGCCAUCCUUGCAUACUCGAACGCUCCGAUCACGCAAUGCCCCAGCUCCGGAAGAAUAUAUGCCUACACCUCCGGACGUAGUUAUCGGAGCUCAGGAUGUCUUGCAUGAUAAUACGGCCUUUGGUGAUCUUGGUGUCCUAUUGUGGCCAGACGACUACGGAUUUGCCUUCAUGUCGGAACAGGAUACAAUGUCCAACUUUUACUACGGAAUGGAUAAUGUUAGUGAUCAACCAGUUGGUUGGUGAUCCCUUAC